AUGUCAGGAAUUCCAAUAAUUAAAAGUAGGCUCUGUAAAAAGAAAAUUCUUUUGAUUUUGGAUGAUGUUGACAAAUUGAUGCAAUUAGAAGUACUUGCAGGUGGACUUGAUUGGUUUGGUUCUGGUAGCAGAAUUAUUAUCACAACCAGAAAUAGACAUCUACUACAUUCUCACGGUGUUAAAAGAACCUAUGAAGUAGAAGGAUUAAAUCAUGAAGAAGCCCUUGAAUUGUUUAGCUGGAAUGCUUUCAGAAGCAAACAGGUCAAUCAUUGUUAUUUGUACAUUUCAAAGAGAGUAAUACAACAUUCUAAUGGCCUACCGUUAUCUCUGGAAAUAAUAGGCUCAGAUUUAUAUGGUAAAACAGAGUUGGAAUGGAAGUCAGCAUUAGAUACUUAUGAAAGAAUUCCUCAUGAAGAUAUUCAGAAAAUUCUAAAAGUAAGCUAUGAUGGCUUAAAGGAAUUUGAAAAAGAAAUAUUUUUAGACAUUGCUUGCUUCUUUAAAGGAUACACAGUAAGUUAUGUCAUAAACAUGCUAUAUAGUGGUCGUGGCUAUGCCCCAGAUUAUGCUAUCCAAGUGUUGAUUGAUAAAUGUCUAAUAAAGAUUGAUCAAUGUUAUGUGAAAAUGCAUGAUUUGAUUAAAGAUAUGGGUAGAGAAAUUGUACGGCUUGAAUCACCCUCAAAACCAGGUGAACGCAGUAGAUUAUGGCUCUCUAAAGAAAUUCUUCGUGUUUUCAAAGAGAACAAGGGGUCCGAUAAAACUGAAAUCAUCAUGUUACACUUGGUCAAAGAUAAAGAAGUGCAAUGGAAUGUAUCUGCAUUAGAGAAGAUGGAAAAUCUUAAAAUAUUGGUGGUAGAAAAUGCUCGCUUUUCUAGGGGACCAAGUGCUCUCCCAAAAAGUUUAAGAGUGCUAAAAUGGUGUGCAUAUCCUGAAUCAUCACUGCCUGCUGAUUUUGAUCCAAAGAAACUUGUCAUAUUGGACUUGCCUACGAGUUCCUUUACAUUCAACAAUCAACUAAACAUGAAAUUUAAGUCUUUGAUGGAACUGAAUUUAAGCGGUUGCAAAUUACUAAAAGAAAUACCUGACAUGUCUGGAACACCAAAUUUGAAGAAAUUGUAUCUUGAUCAUUGCAGAAAUUUAGUUCAAGUACAUGAUUCUGUUGGAUUUCUUGAUAAACUUGAAUUUUUGACAAUGGAUAAUUGCACCAGUCUUAAGAUUCUUCCCCUUGCAGUUACUGCGAUUGCGGGUAUUGCGAUGCGGAUUGCUGCUGUUGCGGUGUGA